AUGUUUAUUAAAUUAAAUAAUUGUUUACUUAAAGAAAUGCCCGAUUUUAGCAAGUUUUUGGUCCUUAGAUCUCUUGAGUUAUGUGGAAAUAAAUUAACUGAAGUUCCGGGAUAUUUAUUGCCAACUAAUAGAUUUCUCGAAUAUGAUUUUCGAAAUAAUUCGUUGAAUAAAUUGGGCUGGGAUUGGAGUGAAACACAAAUUGAAAGAAUAUCAGGAUUAAAAGUAGACGGGAAUCCGUUAGAUUGUGCUUGUCCUAUGCCUGAACGUUUAAUAAAAAUAGUUGGAGAAUUGGAGAAGCCUAAAGGCUAUAUUUGUGUUCCUAAAUUAAAUAGCUCAACAAAUUUUCAUUGGCAACACCCUUUAGAGGCUCUAGAUUUUAUUCAAACAACUUCUUCUAAUAAUUUCCCUCAAAAUUGUCCAUCAAAAUUUUCUUCAAAAAUUAAAACAGAAACAAAUAAUUCAAUUAAUUUUUCACUAUUUUUGCUUCCAAUUUUAUUAAUAACUGUGCCGUUAAUUAUUGGAAUUUUAAUGUUAUUAAAUAUUUCUAAUUGGAAUGAUUUACAUUGGGUUAAAACAACAACAAAGUCUUCAAUGUUUGCCUACGAACCUUUACAAAUUAAAAAUGGAAACGAAGAAAAUAAUGUUGAUAAUGUUUAA